AUGGGUGAAAAAGUUAGUAGGUGGUUAGAAGAUGAAAUUGAUAUCAAUCGUGUUCCUGUUCAUCAAGUAACGCAACCUCGCCAACCAAAGGUAGAAUCAAUCUUUCCGCCGCCUAUCAUGCAACAAGGACAAGGUCAACCGAAGUUCAUUCUGCGAAACCCACGCAACGUGCAACCGAAUUCUCAACAAAACCAACAAGAAUCGUGCCUACAACGAAUCACAACGCCCGCAUUUCGACAACAAGGUCUAUUCACUCAGCAAAUCGAACCAAAAUUUGUUCCGGAAAUAAGACGAAUGAAAAUACAAGAUGAUGAAUCAUUUAUUGAUAAUCAACAGUUAGCAGAGUCCAAUUUUCCGCACCAAAUCACUUCAAGACAAUCCCUCCCAGGAGAUAACGCAAGUAACUUAACGCGUAAUCAGAUCGCCGCUCGUCAGGCUGUAUCGCGCGAGCUUCCGAUAUUCAGUGGAACACCAGAAGAAUGGCCAUUGUUUUCUUCCACAUUCACUACCACAACCAGUAUGUGUGGAUAUACACAAGAAGAAAAUCUAGUGCGUUUGCAGAGGUGUCUAAAAGGGAAGGCGUACGACGCAGUGAAAUGCAUGUUAAUGCAUCCCUCAAACGUUCCGGUUGUAAUCUCAACUCUCAAGAUGCUGUAUGGAAACCCAGAAGCCAUCGUACAAAAUUUAAUGAUGAAGAUUAGUUUAACACCGGCUCCUAAAGUUGAUAGAUUGGAAACUAUUAUCGAGUUCGCUCUUGCCGUACAAAAUCUAUGUGCAACGAUCGAAGCUUGCCAUCUGGACGAGUAUACAUACAAUAUUGCACUCCUUAGGGACCUUGUAGAAAAGCUUCCACCAUCUAUAAAGCUGGAUUGGGCUAGGCAUCGACGAAAUUUUUCAAGUGUAAAUUUAUCCAUUUUUUCCGCAUGGUUGUAUGAGCUCGCUGAAACUGUCUGUCCGUUUGCACAAAUGUCUACUGAAUCUAAAACAAACCGAAUUGGGAAAAAGAAUCUGUCGUUCCUGAAUACUCACGUUGAAGAUGAGGAGGAUGAAAGCGUUACAGUUGUUCCUCAGUCUCCGCUACCAGUGAAACAGAAUUCUGUGGAUAGAGUGUGCCUCGUUUGUAAGUUUAGCUGCCCCAGUAUCGAUAAAUGCCAACGAUUCGUGGGGCUAGAAUACAAUUCCCGGUGGGCCAUGGUGAAAGAUAUAGGUUUGUGCAGGAAAUGCCUCAAAAAACACAAAGGAAUGUGCAAACUUCAAAAGGAAUGUGGAAUGAAUGGAUGUACAUUUAAGCAUCACCACCUUCUUCACAACUACCUACGUGCUGAUCCCAGAACGUCCGAAAAAGAUGCAGAUUCCGUCGUAACGAACUCACUUGAGCGUGAAUGCAACAUACAUCAAAAUAUCACCAACAAAGGGAUGUUUCGAGUCGUGCCAGUUAUCGUCUACGGUUCGGAAAAACAUUUUAAAACCUUCGCCUUUCUCGACGAUGGCUCUUCGCUCACAUUGAUUGAUGCUGCUCUAGCGACAGAGUUGAACCUUAAUGGGAAACGGGAACCGUUAUGCCUAAAAUGGACAGGAAAUAAAUGUCGCGUGGAGAAUGAAUCGAUGAUGUUAGACAUCCAGAUAUCCGGAACAGGAACAAACCAUAAGCAAUAUCGCCUUCAAGGAGUGCAUACAGUGUCAAGCUUAGAUUUAUUUCAUCAAACUGUUGACGCGGAAAAGCUCGCAGCUCAAUACAAACAUUUGCGUGGAAUACCAAUGGAGUCCUACGAGAAUGUGCAACCCCGUCUCUUAAUAGGAAUAGAUAACGCUAAUCUCAGCUAUGCUCUAAAGGGGCGAGAGGGAGAAAUGUAUGAACCAGUGGCCACGAAAACCCGACUUGGAUGGGUCGUUCACGGAGGUUCAGAAAAACACGACACGUUUGUCGGGCACCAUACCGUUCACACAUGUCCGUGCCUUCUAGGAAACGUUGACACGUUAGAACAUUCAGUGCAGGAAUAUUUAUCGUUAGAAGGGAUUGGUAUCACAAAACCUGCGGUAGCUCUAACAUCGAAAGAAGAUCAGAGAGCGCUUCAAAUCUUGAAAAGAAUUGUCCAGACGGACAAUGGACAUUAUGAAACACAUCUACUGUGGAAAUACGACAAAUUCCGUCUGCCAAACAGCAAACCAGUUGCUUUACGACGAUUCUACUGUUUAGAAGCUAGGAUGAAAAGAGAACCAGCGUUAGCCGCAGUUCUAAGAGCUCAAAUUGACGAUUAUCGAAGAAAAGGCUACAUACGAAAGCUUACGAAAGAUGAAGAAUUGAAGAUAGAAACGCAACCAGUGUGGUACAUCCCAAUAUUUCCCGUAUUCAACCCCAACAAACCGAAUAAGGUGAGAAUCGUGUGGGAUUGCGCUGCCGAAACCAGAGGCAUAUCAUUGAACUCAAUGCUUUUAAAGGGCCCUGACCAGGUGAUUCCUCUCGAUGUCGUUUUGUACAAAUUCCGAGAAAAUAAAGUGGGACUCAGCGGCGACAUAAGAGAAAUGUUUUUACAAGUAUUAAUUGCAAAAGCAGAUCAGAGUUUCCAACUAUUCCUGUGGAAGGAUCCGGAAGACGAGCAACCGAGCACGAAUGUGGCACAAGUGAUGACAUUUGGAGCUAGCUGUUCGCCAAUCUGUGCCCAAUAUGUCAAAAACCUUAAUGCGGAGAAAUACGCUGUACUUUUUCUCAGGGCUGUUGAGGCAAUUACCAAGCGGCACUACGUGGACGACAUGUUGGUGAGUGUUGAAACCGAGGAAGAAGCCAUUCAACUAGCGUGUGAGUUCUCCAUGCACUUGAGGAAAAGAAAACCGACGAGAAAAGUCUUCAUAUCGGAGCAGAGAUGGCCACUGAAAAAGUGCUCGGAAUGUGGUGGUGCACUGCCACAGAUAACAUAUAAAUUGUCGAGGAAACACGAUGCUGAUCUACUAGCAGGAGAACGUAAACCAACAAAACGGGAAGUCCUACGUAUGUUAAUGUCCAUAUUUGACCCGUUGGGCUUAAUAUCGAAUGUCCUUAUCAUCCUCAAAAUAUUGUUUCAAGAAGUGUGGAGAUCUGCAAUAGGCUGGGAUGACGAAAUCCCAAAUAGCAUACACGACAAGUGGGACCAAUGGCUGCAGGUCCUUGCUAAAGUAAAAGAAGUUAGUAUACCUCGAUGUUACCGUUACAUGACGACGAUAAGUUCACCAAUCAUAGUCCAGCUUCACACGUUUGUUGACGCAAGUGAAUUAGGCUACGCAGCGGUUGUGUAUUUGCGUUUUGAGCAGGGUAACACUGUGGAGUGUAUGAUAGUUGGAGCGAAGUCAAGAGUAGCGCCAUUAAAAUUCGUUUCCAUCCCACGUCUUGAGCUGCAAAGCGCUAUGAUAGGUGCGAGACUGGCGAAUACCAUCUCUAAGGCUUUAACAUUUAAUAUCACGGAGAAGUUUUAUUGGACCGAUGCCCGCGAUGUCCUAUGUUGGAUACGUUCAGAUCAUCGUCAGUACUCUGUAUAUGUAGGCUGGCGAGUAAGCGAAAUAUUGGAAACAACAGAUGCCAGUUGCUGGAAAUGGGUUUGCUCCAAAGACAAUGUAGCGGAUGAAGCCACCAAGUGGAAGCGACAGCUGAAUAUCAGAAGCGACAGUAGAUGGAUAAGGGGUCCUAAUUUCUUAUGGCAAGCAAAGCACGCUUGGCCUACGGAACCAUUCAACACUAUCUCUACCACGGAAGAACUGCGGGCACACCUACUUUACCACAAUGUGGUGCAGGAGCCAUUGCUACAAGUGGAUAAAUUCUCCAGUUGGCAUCGGUUGAUGCGUAUAGUAGCUACGGUUCUGCGAUUUGUAGAAAACUUGCGCUAUAAAGCCAGAGGCAAAGACAGAAAGAUAGGUCCAUUAACCAACGAUGAACUACGAGGCGCUUCCAAUCUUCUAUAUCGACAAACACAAAGCGAAUCUUUUCCUGACGAAACAGCUAUUCUGUUCAACACUGACACAACUGAAAAAAGAAUACCCAAAUCAAGUUCUAUCUUCAAUUUGAAUCCAUUCCUCGACAACCAAAACGUUAUGCAAAUGCACGGAAGGAUCCACGCUUGUGAAUAUGCUAGCACCGAUGCCCGAAAUCCAGUUAUUCUACCAAAGGAUCAUCACAUCACUAAAUUAAUAGUUAAUGACUACCACUGCCGUUACCAUCAUCGUAAUCAUGAAACCGUGCUGAACGAGCUGAGACAGGUUUUUCGAAUUCAGAAGCUACGGGUGCUGUAUCGGAAAGUCAGAGCAAAUUGCCAAUUGUGCAAAAACCAGCGUGCAUCACCACAACCACCUCCUAUGGGCGACCUCCCGAGAGAUUAUUUCGGUCCACUUUCUGUAGCGGUUGGACGCAGAAUUGAGAAGCGUUGGGGUGUACUUAUAACCUGCCUGACCAUUAGAGCAGUGCAUUUAGAAAUUGCACAUUCGAUGGACGCGGACUCUUCGGCCAACAAGGAGCUCAAAGCGGCACUUAAGGAAAUAGAUCAUAAUAAAAUAAUCCAGGAGAUAGUAAGUCCACAAACCGAAUGGGAAUUUCUUCCACCAGCAUCCCCACACAUGGGGGGUUCCUGGGAACGAUUGGUGCAGACUGUGAAAAUUAACUUACAACAGAUGAAACCUGGGCGCAAUCCUAGCGAUGAAACUCUUCGGAAUUUAUUAGCGGAGAUAGAGAAUCUGAUCAAUUCCCGUCCAUUGACCCACGUACCGGUAGAUGAUCCUGACGCACCAGUCUUAACGCCGAAUCAUUUCAUCUUAGGCUCAUCAAGUGGAUUAAAACCUGGGACAUGUCUAGACGAUAGCGCUGUUGUGUUGCGGCGGUCCUGGCGGGCGUCACAGGUGGAAGCAAAUAUUUUUUGGCGAAGAUGGGUUAGGGAUUACCUCCCGGAACUCACGAGAAGAACUAAGUGGUUCAACACAGUAAAAUCAAUAGAAAUUAAUGAUGUUGUUAUUGUGAUCGACCCGGAAUUGCCUCGCAACUGUUGGCCUAAAGGAAGGAUAAUCAGUGUAAACCAAGGGAAAGACGGACAGGUGAGGUCAGCAACGGUUCAGACAAAAAGUGGAAUUUAUGAGCGUCCUGCUACGAAGAUCGCUGUUUUGGACGUUCGUCGCGAAGAACCAGUAAGCCAGGAGCCUGGCGUACGUGGGGGGAGUGUCACAUCCCUAUCGGUCGGCGCUCCUCAUCGAAGCAAUCUGGAUCGUGCAGCCAUUGGGAGAGAUUGA